AUGGACAAUUACACGUGGAUAUUCCUUGUCGGCAUCGUCGUCUUUUUUCUUGUCAUUGUAAUCCUACUAUGCUUCACCAAAGCAGGUGGGGAUCGAUUGUUUCUUGGCAGCACCCACGACCCUGAAUGCAUUAGCGAAAUUGAAGAAACACCAGCGCUAUUGGCAAGUUUAUCAGAGGAUGCUAGAAUUAGUUAUGAACAAGCAAAAGUAUUCCAACAACGAUAUCCUCCUGACAGUAUACCCACCGACAUUACGCUCUCACAAUUCGUCUCCAUACAAGAAAAGGGCGUUUCAGCAUUCGAGUUUGAAUGGGAUAUGGAAUCCAAUAGCUUCGUAUCAGCACGUACUGAGAUCCAGUUCUUUAAUGGCGAGUCAUGUGUACAAACCAACCUGCCUUUGCCGAGAAAUCAGGAUGUCUAUUAUUGGGAGGCAAAGAUGUAUGAAAAGCCUCCAAAUACUACCAUCUCUGUCGGCGUGGCUACAAAACCAUAUCCUCAUUUCAGAUUACCUGGAUGGAAUAAACACUCCGUGGCCUACUUUAGCAAUACUGGACAUAAGCAUUUCAACAAUCCAUUCUAUGGCAAGCCCUAUGGAGCCACGUUUCAAGAAGGAGAUGUAGUGGGUGUUGGAUACAGACAUCGAUCAGGCACCGUUUUCUUCACGCGUAAUGGUCGACGACUUGAAGAUGCAUGCACCGGAUUACGCUGGAAUCUCUUUCCGACUAUCGGAGCGAAUGGCCCGUGCCAAGUCCAUGUCAACUUGGGUCAAAUGGGUUUUGUUUUUGUUGAAGCCAAUGUCAAAAAGUGGGGGUUGGCUCCUAUGCAUGGUACAUUGGCACCUCCACCUGCGUAUGGAUUAGAAGCUGGGUCCUUAUUAUUGGAACGUGGUACAACAGCAGCAACUUCAUCGACUCGGGCAACGUAUCGACAUCCAUCUUCGUAUGAUUCGGAUGAAGACGAUGAUGAUGAUGACGAUGAUGAACAACCUUUAAUCCAAAUUGAUAUUCCACGCAAUGGCAAUGGAACAAGAUAUCCACAAUAUCCACCACCCGAGUAUUCAACUUUUCCACGUUCUCCAGCCAUGAUUCCUCCUGCAUUAGCCGCCGCCGCUCGUUAUGAUAGUGGCACUGAUACCGAAGACAAUGUCUCUGCAAGCAGUACAAGCAGCAGUAGUAAUGAUAGUUUCCUUGGUAACAACAACAACAACAACAACAACAACAACAGUAAUCAUAGCCGUCGUCACCAUCAUUCAUGA